CAACUAUUCAUGCCACCGACUUCAUCCCUACGUGCGCUCCAGGUCAGAGCACCUCAGCGCAUCCUGGGCAGGCGCUAUGCCUCGCAUGGACCCCCAUCAUACAAUGAGCCCACUGGCUUUCUCUUCGGCGAGAAGCCACCGCCGCCGGGCCAGAAACGAGUGAAGGAGGAGUGGGAGAACAUCUGGUACUAUGGCAUGUUUGGAACCAUGGCGCUAGCAACUGUGAUGCUUUACUACAAGCCGGACACCAGUAUUCAAACUUGGGCGCUGAAGGAGGCAAAGGAACGCAUGGAAGCGAGAGGCGAGAAGUACAAGUACGAGCAAUCCUCAUAAACGCCUUAUAGAGUGCAUAUUCUCUGUCACCAUGUUUUGUCCACAUAUUCGCAUCCCCAGCAACUAUUGCACAUACAGUAAUCUCGCUUCGUGCGUGUCCGGGUACCCCGUCUAGCUUGCCUAACUAUAUCUUGAUCAAGC